AUGAUCUUCGAUGGAACUGAUGGUCCCUGUGGUGUUGGUGUGCUGAAAUCAAUUGGAGGUGUUGGAGGAAGUAAGAAUAAUGAGCAUGCGAAGGCCUUGUUUGCGCUGAUCAAGGAUCACCUUGGAAUUGCUGGAAACAGGAUGUACAUUGAAUUCAUCGAUAUCGGUGCUGCGGACAUUGCCUUCAACAGCAGAACUUUUGCUUGA